AGUUAUCUUCAUAUCCGAUGUGGUACUCCUUCUCCUCUACGGUUCACCAAAGCUUCUCCCACGGGGCCCACUCACUGAAGAAGAAAACAACUUUUUUGAGGCACUGAUGCCAUAAAAAUCAAUUCCUUCUACUUCACUUCAACUUUCACACUCUUCGCCAAGUCCUUCCCAAUUCCUUUUGUUGAUUCUUCCUUCUCCCUCUCUUCUAUUUUCACUACCUUCUUUUUCUGAUUUUUGAAUCGCUGGGUCUCCGCAACUCGGAAAGAUUCUGCCGAUCGCCGUUCUUGCACCGAUUCGCCGCUAUUUGAUUGGUUCGGAUCCGAUGGGUAGCAUCGUCGUGGAAGACGCCGAUACUGACACAGUGUAUGUGGCGGUGGGAAACAACGCGGAGAAGACGCAACAACUGUUGCAUUGGACGGUUAAUAAUUUCUCUGGCAAGAAUGUUUGUCUUCUUCAUAUUCACCGACCUCACUCCCUCAAUUCGUUCUCAUGUGCAACAGACAAGAAUCUCUCUGGGUAUGAACCAAAAGACCUUCCAAUCCAGGCAUUCCAGGAUCAGGGAAAUCAAUCAGUGCACGAACUUCUAGACCAAUACAUUCUUGAUCUGGUUCCUGCAGGGGUACGGGCCUGUAAAUUGUUGAUUGAGAUGGAUGAUAUUGAGAAAGGGAUCACAGAAGCUAUUGCUCAACACAGUAUUAGAUGGCUUGUAGUGGGAGCAGCAGCAGAUGGAUAUAACAUGGGCAAACUGGCAAAGCAAGAUUCGGAGAAGGCUAUUUUUAUACGUGAACAAGCAUUGCUAUCAUGUAAUAUUUGGUUCAUUUGCAAGGGCAACCUCAUAUGUACUAGGGUAUAUAGCAAGCAUACUUCUGACAUAGAGGGUGGGCCUGCAUUGUUGGUGCUCAAUUCAAAUACAGAAAAGUCUACAUCGAAAUGGACUCCGGAUGCAUUGAAAUGUUUAGAUUCUGGUGAUAUGAAAGAAAUCCAAAGUAUCAGUUCCAACCGGUCCUUAAAUACAAGAUGGUCCUUUAAUAAGGUCAUGGACAGGUCAAAGUUGGCAGAUUUGAUGUUUCAUGAGGAUGAAGCAUUUGAAAGCCAGUGUGCUCAGGAAAUAAGAAGAAGAAAAGAAGUUGAAGAACAAUUGGCAAGGUCAAAGCAAGAAGUACAGAAAAUGAAGAAUCAGCAGGAUGAAAUACUAGAAGAAUUGCAAAUGGUCAAAGACCAAAAUUCUGCACUUAUGAGCCAAAUUUCUGAGUCCCAGUUUACAGUAACAGAGUUUGAGGAGAAGAUCAUAUCAGCUGUGGACCUUUUGAUAAGUUUCAGGGAAAAGAGAGAUAGGCUUAGAAUAGAGCAUGCAAAUGCAGUUAGGGAAGUCCAAGUGCUUAGAACAUUCGGUGAAGCGGAUACUCCCUUCUCUUAUCAGGUAGAAUUCCCUGCAUUUUCUUUUGUGGAGAUCAAUGAGGCAACUCAUGAUUUUGAUCCAUCUUGGAAGAUUGGAGAGGGAAGGUAUGGAAGUGUUUACAAGGGACUGCUCCGCAACAUGCAUGUUGCCAUUAAAAUGUUACCCUCUUACGGUCAAGAGAGUCUAUCAAAAUUCCAACAUCAGGUAGAGAUCUUGAGUAGGGUAAGACAUCCAAAUUUGUUAACACUAAUUGGAAGCUGUGCAGAGUCUAGGUCACUUGUGUAUGAGUACCUAAACAAUGGCAGCCUUGAAAGCCACCUUGCCCGCAAAGAAAAGAAUCCACUUCCAUGGCAAAUUCGAAUGUCUAUUGCUACAGAUAUAUGCUCUGCUCUAAUCUUCAUUCACUCCAGCAAGCCUUGUAUUAUCCAUGGGAAUUUGAAACCCAGUAAAGUUCUCCUCGAUGCUAACUUUGUUGCCAAACUGAGUGACUUGGGCAUUCCUAGUUUAGUUCAGCAAAGUUUGGAUUCAGCUGAUGCAAACACAAUAUAUAAUAACCCAAAUGAACGUUUGGCGUAUGUGGAUCCAGAGUAUUUUGUCAAUGGCAAGUUUACACCCGAAUCAGAUGUAUAUUCAUUUGGAGUCAUAUUGUUACAACUUCUAACUGGAAGACCACUUUUGGGGUUAGUAAGGAAUGUGAAGUGUGCAUUGGAAAAGGAAAACCUUAAGGCAGUCUUGGAUUUUUCAGCUGGUGAAUGGCCACUUUAUCAAACUGAACUGCUGGCAUAUUUAGCACUGAGGUGUUGUGAAAAGAAUUGGUUGAACAGGCCAGACCUUGUGUCUGAAAUUUGGAGUGUUCUGGAACCAUUCAAAGCUAUUCGCGUUGACAAACCAUAUUUGAUUUCUAAGAAGCUUCGUCGUGUUCCUUCACAUUUUGUCUGCCCCAUUGUCCAGGAAGUAAUGGAAGAUCCAUACAUAGCUGCAGAUGGCUUUACGUAUGAAGAAGAGGCAAUAAGAGGGUGGUUGAAUAGUGGCCACGACACUUCCCCCAUGACAAACCUCAAGCUUGAUCACACGGAUUUGGUACCUAACUAUGCUCUGCAUAAUGCAAUUCUGGAGUGGCAACAACAGUAAACCUUCACUGUCCAUUAUACAUGCACAUAUUACACUGGUAUAAAUCACUUAUCACGUACAAAUUAAAAUCUAAGGUGAGCCAGUAAGGGUGUAUUUACACUUGAAUUUUAGCGAGUUAAAAUCAUAGUGCGUUUUAAAAUCCAAAUACACCCUUGCUUUUUCAUUUUAGAAACUUCACUUUUUAAAGAUUCAUGUCCUGAUGUAUUGAUAGCAAGUUGGUAUGGAAAAGGGAGGAAAUAGAGGGCAAGGGAAUUUUUUAAUUAACCUUUCCCUUAAUUGAGAAUGACUAUGUAAAUAAACCUUGUUUUUUUUUUAUUAAUUACAAUUUAAAGUUCUCCAAAA